CGGCAACAACAAAUGAUGCGUCGAAUUCUCGGCGUCAAUUACCAUUUGGAAAUUCACAAAAUAUAGGUGAAACAGAAGGACCAACGGACGCAACGUACACGAAAAGAGAAAGUAAAUCGAGACUUACUUCAACUCCGCUAGUGGAUAGGGAGACAUACAAUUUUGAUGGUACGGGAGAUGGUCAGAAUCAGAAUAACGGCAAUAUUUCCCAAUACAAUAAUUUUCAUCGUUAUGAUGAUCAUGAAGCAGCAGCAAUCCGUCAUAAUACCCUUACAUUAUGA